CGCGAGGCCGUGGUGGUGGUAGUGGUGGUGUUGGUGUCAGUCACUCAGUACUACUGGUGGUGUCGGCAGUGACGGUAGUGUGUGGUGCUGUGCUCGCCUCCUUGCCUGUCCGCGCAUUAACUCACCAAUAGCAACAGGUGUCUUAUCCUUCCACCUCCCUGCUCCUUCACGUCAACUAGCCUGGGUGACUGCUAAAAUACCUUCACUAACGACCCCGCUACACCAGAACGUAUGUGGACUCUGGCCCAGGCCGACGUAAACACUGUGAGGACUACCAGGGUGUUGAAAGCUAAACAGUGAAGAGCCGAGCUAUCUUCUUGGCGCUGUGGUGGUCGCUGUUUAGGGCCGCUGUGAAUGCCGUUUACCCUGGACGCUGCUGUGAAAAACGCUAUCAGCCUGUCGGAGAUUUCUGUGAAGGUCUGUGUCCAGGGAAGUGAUCUUGAGUAAACACAACAGAUGGAAAUAUUAAGAUAAUUUCAUCGGUGGAUCAACAGCGUCAUCAGAGUAUUGGGCGUGAGUGUUGGGAUAACUCUUGUUGUCCGUCGUGUGAAGUACCAGAGUCUGAGUGGAAAUAGCCUGGUGAAUUAGUGAGUUCUCUUGAUUGGACAUAUAACAGAGAAAGUUCCUAUGAAUUGUCAAAGAAAAUACCCAAGAAAGUAAAAAAAAAAAGAGUUGUAUAAAGUUAAGUAUAGUCAAGAAGGUAAUUUCUGAGAGAUAAUGCCAAGGUGGAUAGAAACUAUGGUAUAAGGAGGAAAAUUUAUAGUGGGAACCUUCACUUGAUCUUUUAGUCGGAGGAACAUCUGAUUUCUGAGACGAGGAACAAGACGAAGGCGACUACUAGAUAAAACUCGGUCACUGAAGAGGAAGAAGAAAAAGAUCUCGUGUAUCAGAGCUCGUCAAUACCCCCAGGAAGAACUGAACAACAGGAGCCACGGCAGGCGAGGAUUCAACAGAGUUUCUCCUGGGGGCAAGGACCUUAGUUGGUUUCAGAGGGGUCCGGCAGGAGCAGAACAGCGUCAUGAGGUGUUUCUCCACGAGGGUGUGUCGGAUGGCCUUCGACAUAUUCCUCUACUUGACAGUUGCUGCCUGUCUUGUGGUGACGCUGUUGGGUAUUGUGCCUCCAUCACACACAGUUAUAUCAUGUGCUGAUCCCACCAUCAGGAUGAACUACCAAUUUGACACCAUUCCCGUCAGCAUGCUCGUCUGCAUCAGCCUUUUCUUGCCUUUCUUUGUGAUGAUGGUAAUGGAAUGGGCUUUACCCCCGUCCUCAGUAGUUCUCGGAACAUCACCAUUCCGUUCAGGAUUACGACGUGGUUGGAGUUACACCACUGACCUGUUUGUGGGCGGCCUCUUCAUGUACUUCAUCAAUGAUGUAGCCAAGACAGUCACAGCUGAAGCUAGACCAAAUUUCUGGGAUUCAUGCAGACCAAACAUUACUGAAGAACACUGCCAACAAAAAUACAUUAUGUUGACCUGGCGUGACUGUAUAAAUCCUUAUGGGCUUUCACACCCGAGGCUUGUGGAUACUAUGAAGUCAUUCCCAUCUGGCCAUGCAUCAAUUUCAGUCUUUUCAUCAGUGUUUAUGAUUGUGUACAUCAAGCAGCGUUUGUGGAAUAGAUGUUCCCUGCUGUUGGCUCCGUGGCUACAACUCAUAUGGGCAGUUUGGACUCUAAUUUGCUGCCAGUCUCGUAUAUGGGACAACAAACACCACUGGUGGGAUGUCCUGGGAGGUGGUCUCCUUGGGGCUUUUGGAGCUUUCAUGACGCUGCAUUACCUCAGUAACUGGUUUAUACGAGAGGAUGACCUGGAUAAGCCAAGCAGCAGGGAUUUACCAUUCCAUUGUCAAGAGGAUCGUUCUUCUGGGUUUUCCCGAAACUCUGUUAAGCGUCUUAUUUCUAACACAUCAGACACUGACAACCACAGUGACCUCCGCCACGAUGAUCGGGAACUUAGAGAUAUUAAUGGCACUCCCUAGUCUUAACCUUAUUGCAAAUAAAGUACUGUACUGUGAAGAGAUACUUUUAUAUAUAUAUAUAUAUAUAUAUAUAUAUAUAUAUAUAUAUAUAUAUAUAUAUAUAUAUAUAUA